CGCGCUUCGGGCGGUGUAGUUCCUGACUGAGGUCCGACUGGUGUCGCGCUAUUUUCGUGUGAUCCUGUGAUUAAGAGUAAACUUUAUAUUCUCAAGAGGUGGUCGCUAGGCCAAUGCGUUAUCAUCUGGCUUCGGAGCCAGGCCCACAAAGCCAGGCAUUCUCGCUGACCAACGGCGACUUUAUUAUGGACGCUCUGCAUCACGGGGGCACGCUGGUCCCGCGUCCUGGUUUUUGUCCCACUCAAGACCUCGUCUGUUCUCCUCUUAAGACUAUGCCUCCGCAUGAUUCUAAAAUGGACGCGUUGGUGUCUGUGGAUUCGGACAGUAACCUGGAAGAUAGCGAUUUCGAUGGUGGAGGUGUUGCCGAAGCGGACACAACGGACACUUCCGCUGACCAUUCUUCUGACCGCCAGGACUCGAAUGCUGAAGAAGGGGGAUCAGGAAAGAGUAAAGGACAUUUAGUGAAGCCUCCGUACUCUUACAUCGCCCUUAUUACUAUGGCUAUUCUUCAGUCUCCAGAAAAGAAACUCACGCUUAGUGGUAUUUGUGAAUUUAUCAAGAAUCGCUUUCGCUUUUACAGAGAGAAGUACCCAUUAUGGCAAAAUUCUAUUCGACAUAAUUUGAGCCUCAAUGACUGUUUUGUUAAGAUUCCAAGAGAACCAGGUAAUCCAGGUAAAGGGAAUUACUGGAGCUUGGACCCAGCUUCUGAAGAUAUGUUUGAUAACGGCAGCUUCCUUCGACGACGUAAACGUUACAAAAGGCAACAGGCUUAUGCCCACAAAGAUCCUUCUGCAUUUAUGGCUGCCACGCUUGACCCUUACCGCCACGGACUAUUCGCAGGGCAUCCGCACUUAGUUUACCCUUACAUGCCACACCUACCUCCACCUAUCCCCCUGCUCUCCCCCCAGGACCUGGCGAGGGUAUCUUUACACCCUAUCAAUUUAACCUCUAUGCAGAAUCCAAUGGCGACUCCAAUCUGUACCGGCCCGCCAGGAAUUUUCGAUGCUCCGAGUGAUGUUUCCUCCUUCUCUUCCCAGUGCACGAAGGCGAUGGCAUCUAAACCAAGCUUCUCAAUCGAAAGGAUUAUUGGAGACUCUAAAUCACCCGAUAUGAAGCCAGAGAUGUUGGCCUUGCGGCCGCAUAUAUCUCUUCUGUCACGAGCGCCUGUGAAUACAGCCUUCACUUAUCCCGGAACAGAAUUAAACGCUCUUGAAAAGUACCAACAGUAUUUGCAGACUCUUACCUCUAAUCCGGUGCAUGGCAACGGGACGCGGUCUAGAUGACCCGUCCUCUUUCUCCACUGUAGUGAUACCACAUGUAGAGAAAACGCAUAAAUGGGAUAUCUUUCUUUCGUGAGCAAUGGACGUCGCUUCGUUAUGUCUUCUAACGUAUUUACGAUUGAUUUUAUUAUUAUUUUUUACAUCUGUUGCAUGUAUGAUAGCUUCUUUUCCUGAUAAUUUUUCUUUAUUAUGCUUAGCUGCGAGAAACUGUUAUUUAGCAGUUCUAAGGUUUGAAGCAAAAUUUCUAGAUAAUUUAUCAAACGUAUAAUUAAAAUGUACUAGCUGUAAAGCUACAAUAAAAUUUUGUAUGGCAUUGUUAGUAACUAGAAGUAUUUAUAAACCUGUAAUAUUAACAUUUUACUGGAGUUCAUUUUACUGCUUCUCGUGAUUUUAUAACGAGAUAUUAUCUAAAUUUGAAGAUGCUACCUGAAUUCUAAUUUGCAAGUUAUAGUAAAUAUUUCUCUUGAAGCGGCGUCCAAAUGCAAGUACAUUUAUAGAUCUCAAUGACAACUUAAGAAUACAUUUAAGUUGAUAUAAAUUCAAUUGCUAAUUAUGAAGACAUUAUAAGUAUUUUCAUAUAUCUUGUAUUCUUCGCAUCUAUAACUUCCCUGUAUCCAGUUUAUGUGAAUCGGUAAGUUGAAAACUGAAUUUCAUAACGAAUUAUAUAAAGACAAAAUAUCGAUUCAAGCAUGUGAUUGGAGGAAGAACUUUCAAGAUAAAUGAAGCAUUUGUUGAACGUCCAAUAAUGGUUCUGUUAUCAAUUAUAUUAUCAGUAGUCAACCUGCAACUUUCAGGUGAAUUUAUUUUUUAUUUUUCCAUAUUUAGAUGUUAUGCUGUAAUUCUGUUUAUACGUUUAUUUUAUAUUUCUUGCAAUGCACUUGAUUAACUUUUUUACCCAUGUCAACAUGACUGAUUUUUAAGGUUAUAAUGUGGUGUCAACAGUAAUUUUUAAGGUAAUGCCAAUUUCCCAUGGAAAAUAAUUGCACCGAAUGUGGAAAAUAGUUUGUGACCAUAUUUAUUGACAAAUUCUCUAAAGAAUUUUUUCUCUUGCCUCGUAUUUUAUUUGUAAAAUUUUUAAAAUUUAUUUCUCCUACACUAUUUUUCCAGCCGUUAAGAUUUUAUAAAUUAAUUUCUUUAACAUUUUCUGGUGAGUAACAAUACUUCACUUGUUCUUAAACCGAAAACAAAAUAUGUAUUUUACUUACGUAAUAUAAUGCAUUUAAAGUUACUCUUGCAGCUGCUGUUAAAAUACACCGGGUAAAUUAAUGUAGCAUAUUUCAGAUUACAUAUUAAAAAUCCUAAUUAAUUAGAAUGUUUAGGUUCAAUCUUAAUACCGGCUGAAAUAGUUAUUUAUGUUAAGCAUCAAUCCAUUUUAUUAGUUUAUGUACUGUUAAAAACGUUGAUAAAACUGAAGGAUAAUUGGUCAUAAAAUUAAGAUUGUUAAUUUUUGCAAGUGUUUACACUAAAGUCUACGAAACGUAAGUGAACUCUAAUGCUAUAAAUUAAGUAUCCAAUCUAGCAGUUCUUCUCUAUGAACGAUUCAUUGCAAAGUUUGCUAUCUAAAAUACCAUCAUAUACAACUCUAUAAUGUUGCACGCUAAUUAACUUUUUAUAUAAUUAUUAUUCUAACGGAAUGUACAGCUCUUCUUUUGUUUAAAAUUAAUUUAGAAAUUAUAUUUCCAUGUAAUCAAUUGGCAGUGCCAAACGAAUUAUUAAUAAGACACAGAUAAUUGAUGCCACUGCAGCCGCGGCUUGCCGUUAUAGCGCUGGCUUUCUGUGUUCUCACAGCUGCCAGAUGUCCGAUCAGAACGGUACCCAGCGCGCAUAUAUGGUUUAGCAGAGACGCUUGCCUUUCGUAAGAGCAAGUUGACUGUACAACAGUCAAAUUCAUGGAAAUGGCAAAGGAAUAUUGUCUCAGAAACCACAUUGGCAUGUGUUUUUGUGAAGUGUGAAGAAAGAUGAAAAAAACUUCUUUUUCAACUAUUGAGAUCUUCAGUUUCGAUUAAAUAAAUACAUAUCAAGAGGUUGAGGAAAUUUGUGAUUUCUGAAUUACGUUUAUCUUCUUGGCUGACUGGUAGGAAAACUGAUGUCAAAGAUAAGAUGGAUUCGUGAAUAAAUUUACCAUUUGCUCGA